AUGAAUUUGCUCGAGUUUGACUCGAAAUUGACGAAAGCGACGACGGUAUACUUGGCGAGCACUUCUGAAGAAUUUCGGUCGACGAUAGGCGGCGGAGACGUCGAAGCAUGGCUUCUGGGACGGAGUAUUCACGUCUUCGAUGAAGCCGUCGCCGUGAACUUGUACGAAUUGGUGAGUGAAACUGAGUCACGGCUCUGAUAAUUUCAGAAGGCAAUUGUCUACCUGAGCUUUUCUCAUUAUUUCCUAAAACUCGGAAACAUUUUCAAUGAUGAUCAGGCAGGCUUCGGUCAGUGGCCAGACGAUGAUCGACUCGGCACUGCGCCAGUCAAUCCGCGAUGCUUCACCACGAAGCUGGACGAAAAAACGGACGGGUUGGAGGAGUUGGAAGUUCAGGAAGCCGCUACCAGCUGGGCUGGUUCGUACUUUCCUGAGUUUAGCCUUGACUUUAUAAAGUUCCAGAUCAAACGCCUGUUGUGAAAAUGUUACUUUUGUUACCGGAAGAAGCUGCUUUUCUUGCUUUUGACUGGGAUAUUUUGCAAAUGAGACAAAGAAAACAGUCAUACUCAAGAGGUAGCUCAUCUGACGAGCAUUUGGAAAAAUAAGUAGUUUUCCAGAAGAUUUAUGGUCCAAACUUUGUUCGAUCGGAGGAGUCGAUUUUAUCAAGAACUACGCCGUUUUCCGACAUCUGAAGCGGAACGGAUGGUGUGUUCGACGUGGACAGACCUUCGGAUGCACCUACCGUAACCUUCAUAUUGACUUAUUUCUAAAAUUCAAUAUUUUUGAAGUGAUCUACCGCCUUGGCGCCAAAUACUUUCACGCUUCGGCCGCCGUGCUCCUUUGCGAAGAAAUUGAUGCUCUCCAAUUAAUAUCUCUAACAAGGAUAACGACUAAUAACAGAAAAGUUCGACAGUAGUCUAGUUUUAUGAAAUAAGGAAGUCUAUUUUAGGCCCUUUUAUUAGCAUACGUGGCGAUUCCUGAAGGUUUAGACCUGAAUUCGCCGAUUUGUCUAGAUAAAAUUGAAGUCAAGGUAAGUGAGGAAAGAGAUUCCAAAAAAAGAUGAAAGUUCAGAUAGUCGCCGCGAAAACGUGGUUUUUAGACCGAGAAGUGCCAAAACUGGCCAUGCUCCAAAAUGAAUUGUAUGAAACUUCGGCAAGAAGUUCACUUGAUUGA